AUGGCUGAUUACGAGCGCCGGAACAAUGGACACCGAGGAGGUGGAGGUGGAGGUGGACGCAAACGUCGCUACAGAGAUGAUGAGGACUUCGAUCGCCGCCCUCAGAGACGCAGAUAUGAAGAGCCACUAUUCGUGCAGGUGCGCCGACAGCUAUUGACCAUUGCAGAAUCGGCUGCCCGAAGAGUCGAGGAUGAUAUCAUGAGCAUUGCGAAGUCUGUCGCGGAAAAUUACGAUGACCAAGAGCUGCGCGACACCUAUGUCGAUAUCUCUCUGGAUCUUGUAAUCGAGCAACCGAUGAAAAUUCCCUUCGUGGCCGCGACAACCCUCGUCGCCUACAACCUUAAGGCGGAGCUUGGCGCGGACCUGCUGAAGAAAGCUGGCGAAGCACUACAGAAGUACAUUGACUUGGGAUCCUGGCGGGAAGUGAAGCUUCUUCUUCGCUUUCUCGGUGGUCUACAGCCUCUGUUUGAGGGUGAGGGUAUCUUCCCUCUGCUUGAGGAGCUGUUCGCCCGUGCGGUUGACCUUCAAACUGCAUCCUCAGAAGACUUGCUUGGUCUGGAGCUCGUCAAGAUCAUCCUUUUCACCAUUCCUUAUGUGAUGACCUCUCCUGCCACUGGCUUUGAGUCGCAGGCUCAGGCCCUCCUCGAGAAAACGGACAUUAUUGCAUCUACUCCACAUGCGCUGGUCGAUUUAGUAAAUACAUUUAGUCCCGACGAGAACAAGGAAGCGGCUGGACCGAGUGUUAUCAGCCUGCUUCAAACCCAGCUACAGGGCGAGGCUAACCGGGGCUGGGAGCUGAAAUGUCUCCCGCGUCCCUGGAAGGGUGUCCAGGAAAUCGAAAAGGAUGAUCAGGAACCAGGUCAAUCGCUUUUCGAGCCUGUGAACAAGGUUACUUUCCCACAAGUCAAUGUUCCUAACCCUGUGCCCAAUGGUCCCCGUCCUCUUUUCCCUGAGGUCUACAUCUCUGUCUACGCCAACCAAGAAAUCGACACCGUGCCCCCGCCAUCUGAUAUCACAUCUUUGCUUCUGCGAGACGCCUUGGUGGAUACCAUCAACCUUAUUGACUUUAACCGCGUUGCCGGAGCCAAGUAUCUGAUUGACGUUGACUGUUACUUCACCCCGUACACCUUCGUCAAGCGCGCGACUCCCUUCGACCGUAUGCGUGAUCUCGCUGGCGAGGGUCAGUCUUGGAAGCCAGAGGAUGUUGCUGUGGAUGCGGUGUUCUCGCAAUUGUACCAGCUUCCCACACCCGAGCACAAGCUUGUUUACUACCAUGCUCUCCUGACGGAAUGCUGCAAGAUUGCGCCAGCUGCCAUCGCGCCUAGCCUGGGUCGUGCCAUCCGAUUCUUGUAUAACAACUUGGAGACGAUGGAUCUGGAGUUGAGUAACCGAUUCUUGGAUUGGUUCGCGCACCAUCUGAGCAACUUUGGAUUCACGUGGAAGUGGAGCGAGUGGGUUGAGGAUCUUGACCUCCCUGCCAUUCACGCCAAGUUGGCCUUUAUCAAUGGGGCUUUGGAUAAGGAAAUUCGACUCAGCUUCGCACAGCGCAUUAAGGGUACUCUGCCAGAGCCAUAUAUUCCCUUGAUCACUGAAGGGAAAGAAAAGGACACGCCUGAGUUCAAGUAUUUGUCUGAGGCAACGCCAUAUGCUAAGGAAGGACAAGAGCUUAUGCAGCUCAUCAGAAAGAAGGCAGGCGACGAGGAGAUUCAGGCCGUGAUUGCCUCAAUUGAGGAACAGGCGCAGAGCAUGGGAGUGGAAGACCCCAAGAUCCCCUCAACGGACGCCUUAGUGACCUCCAUCUGCUUCGUGGGGUCCAAAUCUCUGUCACACGUCUUAUCGUGCAUUGAGCGAAACAAGGACCGAUUGUUAGCUAUUGGACCUGUCUCGCAACGAGCUCGUUGCCAGAUUAUCGGGUCGGUUAUGGAGUACUGGGCCGAUCAAUCCGGUAUCGCGAUCGAUAUCAUUGACAAACUGCUCAACUACACUAUCAUCAGCCCCCUUUCCGUUCUAGAAUGGGCUCUCUCCGAAUCCAUUGCAGCUGGCACCGUGCUAUCUAAGUCGCAUAUCUACGAAAUGAUCUCCGCCACUGUCGGCAAGGUCACCAAUCGAAUGCGACAGAUCGUCGCGGCCCGGACACAGCCCGGUCUAUACGAACCUCAGCUGAGUGUACUAGAUGAGACACUAGCUCGAGAGCGGGCUGAGAUGCAAGCACUUUUCCAGUUCAUUGAAGAUUCCAUUGUUUCGGUGGCGGCGGGAAGUAACGAUGAACUAAUGGAGCGUGGUGAUGGAAGUGGUGAUCUGCCCGAGGAUGCUAUCAUUCGCCAAUGGGGUCGCCGAUGGCUCCGAGUGUUCCGACGCAAGGUUGCCGUGGAAGAGGCGUUCAUCACUGAUGCAUUAGCUCACGCCACUCCAGUGGGCACCGAGGCUCCACCUAUGCAGGCUGAUACUAGUGGGGAAGAGGAUGUGAAGAUUGCCGAUGCAGAUGAGCAAUAG